GUUUUACAAACCCUAAAAAUUCAGGGAAGCGAUUAAUCGAUCAAAUUAAGAUAAACGGGAGAGAAGCAAGCUUCAAUGGAGAAGCUCUUUUAUAAGUCCCAAAGGCGUAUUAUCAGGUUGGGUGUCUAUUCUAGUUCAGUUCGAGAAGGAGGAGAACGAGCUGUUGUCAGAGGAGAAGAUUUGAUAAGCCUUUUACCUGAACCGUUGUUAUGUCACAUACUCAGCUUUCUUACAACUGAACAAGCUGUUAGGACAAGUGUUUUGUCCUCUAGAUGGAGAAACAUCUGGAAAUGGGUUCCUAGGUUAGAAUUAGACAGCUUUGAUUUCACUAAUGACAAGGUCUGUGUUGAUUUCAUCCACAAGUUUCUGGCUUUACAAGGCAAGCCCUACUUGCGUGAGUUCAAGCUGACCAUUGACCACGAUGUCUUUGGUAGCGAGGCUUCUCUUUACGAGCCGUGUCUCGGCAGAGUGGAUAUGCGGAAGCUUGAGCGUUUCCAAGUCGAGAAUAAGUUUGGACGUGGUGGUGGCUUUGAUGACUUCCGGACACCCUUAACACUCAAAGCGUGUGAGGCAUUGGUCUGCUUAAAGCUCCAUUUCGUUAGUCUGAAUGAUGACUUGGUGUCUCUUUCCUUUCCCUGUCUCAAGAUCAUGUUCUUGGAAGACGUUGUUCUGCCUAGCGACGCGGCUGCUGAGGCUCUGAUCUCCUCCUCUCCGGUGCUAGAAGUCUUGAAGAUAUGCCUUAGUAGAGAUGAUUUUGUGGUAGCUUUACGUGUCUGCUCACCGUCGCUUAAGAGCUUCACUCUAAAACGAGUGGAACCUAUUUAUCCUCGUGGACAUUCUGUUUUGAUUGAUGCCCCGAAACUCGAGUAUCUGAGUCUCGUGGAUUACUACCAUUUCAGAAGCUUUGAGAUAAUCAGUAAGGCUGAGUCUUUCAAGGUUGAUGUCGAUGUUGAGUUUGAGCUGCUGACUGAUUACUUGGCUGAAAAGAAGAUCGUCUACAAUCUUCUCGACAACUUUUCAGGUGUUAAAGAUAUGACCAUGUCAUGGAAAACUCUGCAGUUUAUAUAUAGUUCCCAUGAGACAAACCCACUCCCCAAAUUUCAUGGCUUGACUCGUCUGCGUGCCACUAUGCGCUUAAACGCAUCCCCUGAACUAUUGCCAGUCGUUCUUGAGAGCUGCCCCAAUCUGAAACACUUGACAUUGGAAUUGUUUUUUGAUUAUCCAAUCAGAUGGCUGUCUGAACUCUCCACUGUGCUGCCUAGUUGUUUGGUGUCGUCUCUUGAAUCUGUUGAAAUGGAAAGCCCGGUCACCGAGGUGGCUACUGAACUGGAUUUGGCUAGAUACUUUAUGAAGAACUCGACUACACUCAAGAAGCUCGUGCUACGUUUGGAUCAGUCGAGUGGAGAACAACACAAGCCUGGUGUCUUGGAACAACUCAAGAAAUAUUCAAGGCGCUAUGGUUUGUCUCGGUUCGAAGUUCUUCCAGUGGUUCCAACUCCGAAUCCAUUGCCUCCAGGGUAUGUUUAUGUAAAAUCCGAUAGGUUCUAAAGCUGGCGUUAACAGAAACUAGUUGGCUCAGCCUUUAGCUUGAUUCCCAUGGCUUCCCUUUACUUUUUUUUUUCUCCUUUGUGUGAGGUACUGGUAUGGCUUAAGUCUCCAUUUAGUUUGGUUGAAUGCUUUUGAGUCUCUUUAUUAAACUUUGUCUCAAGAUUUUGCUAGAAA